CUCCAAAGUAUCACUUUCAUCUCUCAGACACCUGCCAACAGAUUUACUCUCCCAUGGCAAUGUGGUGCAGUCGUACAGCUCUGCGUCGGCUCCAGCGAGUCGCUGUUAAUUCUUUGAAUAUCACUGGGGGACCAACAAGCUUUGUGCAGAGGGAGAUGUCAACCCUGCAGCGGGUAUAUGUCACCCGACAGAUCCCACCUGAGGGCCUGAAGAUCCUCCAUGAAUCUGGACAGGUGCAGUAUGAGCUGUGGGACUCAGAUGAUGUCCCUGUGCCCAGGAAGGAGCUGCUUCAGAAAGUCAAAGGUGUUGACGCCCUGGUCUGUGUGCUGACAGAGAAGAUUGAUGCUGAGUUGUUGGACGCUGCAGGUCCAAACCUGAAGGUCCUCAGUACCAUGUCUGUGGGUUUUGACCAUCUAAAUCUGGAGGAGCUGAAGAAAAGAGGGAUCCGUGUGGGUUAUACCCCUGAUGUUCUGACAGAUUCUGUGGCUGAGCUGACGGUGGCUCUGCUGCUCACAACCUCCAGGAGGCUCAUAGAGGCCACACAUGAGGCCAAGACUGGUGGCUGGGGCACAUGGAGAACUCUGUGGCUGUGUGGACACGAGUUGGCUAACAGUACAGUCGGUAUCCUGGGCCUGGGCAGGAUUGGUGUGGCUAUCGCUGAGCGUCUGGCACCUUUCAAAGUAAAGAAGUUCAUCUACACAGACAUGGCCCCUAGGCCUGAUCUGGCCAGCAUCAUCAAUGCAGAGUUUGUCUCUAUGGAUGAGCUGGCAAAGCAGUCAGAUUUCCUGGCUGUGUGCUGUGCUUUAACACCAGAGACAAAGGAGAUCUGCAACAAGGACCUCUUCUCCAAGAUGAAAAAUACCUCUAUCUUCAUCAACACAAGCAGAGGUGGUGUGGUGAACCAGGAAGACCUGUAUGAAGCUCUAUCCACAGGACAGAUUGCAGGCGCCGGACUAGAUGUCACUGUCCCCGAGCCCCUGCCCACCAGCCACCCACUGUUUACCCUCAAAAACUGUGUGAUUCUACCCCAUAUUGCUAGUGCCUCCUAUAGUACCCGUAAUGCUAUGUCUGCCCUGGCGGCAAACAACCUUCUGCUUGGCCUGCAGGGUAAACCAAUGAUCAAAGAGCUCAAGCUUUGAGAGGCAACUGGCUGAAUACGGGACCAUCAGUUCAACUCACAAACCAAUUUGAGAUAAAACUUCUUGUUUAAAAAAUGUA